AUGCAAAUUUAAAUAGAGAAAAAGAAAAAUUCUUUAUUUACAUAAGGCGUUAGUUAUGUUGUGUGGAAAACCAUUGUUAAUAUCUUUAGCUUAUAUGCUAUCGUUUAAGUAUCCUUAGCAUUAUUUGAUGAGCAAUCAUAUAAGUUUUAAAAUAAAGGAACCAUUUUUCUCUUAAUUAGACUGUUAAUAAUUGUAUUUAGAUAAUAGUUAAUUAGAUCGUUCUAUUUGCAGAUAUUUUCAUAAAAUUCAAUGUUUAGCAAAUUAUAGAUAAAAAUGUAGUCAUAAACAAAAAUAAUGAAUUUUCGAAAAAGUAUUUGCUAUUUAUAUUUUGUUUUGACUUUUUGCCUGCAUUUUUUGUUCUGUUUUAAACACUAUUUUAUUUGCCAAAUUACAUAGCAGUAUUGAUAUUUUUGAAAGUUAUAUCAUUGAUAGAUGCUGACACAUACACUCAGUAAUAAUUGCUAUAUCACGCAUCAAUAUAUUUUGUCUACAAGGUGUUGAGAUUGAUAGUGAUCCUCCUAUUUGUAUUUAACUGCUUUGGUUGUCUCUUUUAUUUAAUGGGAUUAAUUGGACUGGACUCCGAUGAAUUAAGCUGGCUUGAUUUUUCAAAGAGUUAUAGUGGAAUUAUAGUGAAAGACCAAUCAAGAAAUACAAAAUACAUAAUCUCUACUUAUUGGGCAGUUGAAACUCUCACCUCAAUUGGUUUUGGCGACAUAACUCCACUGAAUACCUACGAAAUCUUUAUAACAGACUUGGCACUCUUCGGAUAGAUGUUUGUUAUUGUUUAUACAGUCUCCUACAUAGUUUCUCUAUAGGACCAAAAAAAUCCAUAUGAUAAGAAUAUGUAUGCCGUAAAAAAGUUCAUGAGAAUAAAAAACAUAUCUAGUGAUGUUGUAAACCAAGUGUCCAUUUUUCUUGAAUAAUACUUCUAUGAUUUUAAGAGGAGAGAUCAACAGUCAGAACAAGAUGUCAUGAGAAAACUAACCAAACCUUUACAAUCUAAAUUAUUAUAUCAAGCCUAUUAAAAUCAAUUGUUGAAAAUAGAAUGGCUAUUUAAUCGAUUUUCUUUGCGUUGUUUAUAGGAUAUCGCUUGCAAAAUUAAAGAAGUAUAAGUUAUUUCUAUAUAGUUGUGUCUAGGAGCUGACUAAAUAAUAGAAUAAGACAUAUACGAUCCUAAAUUAUACAUAGUAGUCAAUGGGCAAAUUAACUUAACAUUAAAUGGAGUCUUGAUUAAAUCAAUUGAAAAAGGUGGCAGUUUUGGAAAUUAUGAGUUUGUCACUGGGAUUCGUUAAAGAUCAAAAGUAGCCAAAACAGAAACAUAUGCUAUUCUAUACUAUAUUAGUAGAUUAGAUAUGCUCGAGUGUUUAUAAAACUCCUUUGAAGACUAUCAGAAAUUUUAAGAGAUAUGUGAUCAAGUGCUUUACGAGAAAAAACUAGAAACUAUAGGAUUGUAUUGUUUGUUAUGCAAAAGCACAUCUCAUUUGACUUAACAAUGCCAGUAAAUCAAUAUCAAAGAAAUGAUACAGGACUUAGAAUAAGUGAAAAACUAAUAGAGAUAAAAGUUUAAGAGAUCUACAAAGCGUCAUGAUACUUAGAAUGCUCCUAAGGACUUUUUAUAAUAUAAAUUUGACUUAAAGGUGGAUUACCAGAAUUUAAACGUAGAUCANUUUUUGUUCUGUUUUAAACACUAUUUUAUUUGCCAAAUUACAUAGCAGUAUUGAUAUUUUUGAAAGUUAUAUCAUUGAUAGAUGCUGACACAUACACUCAGUAAUAAUUGCUAUAUCACGCAUCAAUAUAUUUUGUCUACAAGGUGUUGAGAUUGAUAGUGAUCCUCCUAUUUGUAUUUAACUGCUUUGGUUGUCUCUUUUAUUUAAUGGGAUUAAUUGGACUGGACUCCGAUGAAUUAAGCUGGCUUGAUUUUUCAAAGAGUUAUAGUGGAAUUAUAGUGAAAGACCAAUCAAGAAAUACAAAAUACAUAAUCUCUACUUAUUGGGCAGUUGAAACUCUCACCUCAAUUGGUUUUGGCGACAUAACUCCACUGAAUACCUACGAAAUCUUUAUAACAGACUUGGCACUCUUCGGAUAGAUGUUUGUUAUUGUUUAUACAGUCUCCUACAUAGUUUCUCUAUAGGACCAAAAAAAUCCAUAUGAUAAGAAUAUGUAUGCCGUAAAAAAGUUCAUGAGAAUAAAAAACAUAUCUAGUGAUGUUGUAAACCAAGUGUCCAUUUUUCUUGAAUAAUACUUCUAUGAUUUUAAGAGGAGAGAUCAACAGUCAGAACAAGAUGUCAUGAGAAAACUAACCAAACCUUUACAAUCUAAAUUAUUAUAUCAAGCCUAUUAAAAUCAAUUGUUGAAAAUAGAAUGGCUAUUUAAUCGAUUUUCUUUGCGUUGUUUAUAGGAUAUCGCUUGCAAAAUUAAAGAAGUAUAAGUUAUUUCUAUAUAGUUGUGUCUAGGAGCUGACUAAAUAAUAGAAUAAGACAUAUACGAUCCUAAAUUAUACAUAGUAGUCAAUGGGCAAAUUAACUUAACAUUAAAUGGAGUCUUGAUUAAAUCAAUUGAAAAAGGUGGCAGUUUUGGAAAUUAUGAGUUUGUCACUGGGAUUCGUUAAAGAUCAAAAGUAGCCAAAACAGAAACAUAUGCUAUUCUAUACUAUAUUAGUAGAUUAGAUAUGCUCGAGUGUUUAUAAAACUCCUUUGAAGACUAUCAGAAAUUUUAAGAGAUAUGUGAUCAAGUGCUUUACGAGAAAAAACUAGAAACUAUAGGAUUGUAUUGUUUGUUAUGCAAAAGCACAUCUCAUUUGACUUAACAAUGCCAGUAAAUCAAUAUCAAAGAAAUGAUACAGGACUUAGAAUAAGUGAAAAACUAAUAGAGAUAAAAGUUUAAGAGAUCUACAAAGCGUCAUGAUACUUAGAAUGCUCCUAAGGACUUUUUAUAAUAUAAAUUUGACUUAAAGGUGGAUUACCAGAAUUUAAACGUAGAUCAAAAGUGUAAAGCGUAUAGAAAGAUGCAAUUCAUACCUUUUGUGAUGAAAAUGGAGAAGACUAAGGUGGAUCCCUUGAGAAUAAUUCGAGAUGUUAUUGAAGAGGCAAAUCAAAAGAAGGAAUUCAAAAUAUUACGUGCAUUGCCCAUAAUAAAUUGUUCUAGUUCAUUUGUGGAUAUUUGGAACUAUUUCGUUUUUAUCAACACUCUGAUUUUAUUUACUCUGGUUCCCCUCAUCAUUUUCUUCUAUAUAGAUUAUGAUACAUUUAAAUUGAACCCUUUUUUCAAAGGAAUGCGAUAUUAUUAUAUGGUAUUCUUAUAUUAUUAAAUUAGGCGAUCCUAUUUUUAGAUGUCAUUUUAAAAUUCAAUAUCAAUUACUACUUCUUUGGGGCUCUCAUCACAUCUAGAAAAUAGAUAGGAAUGAGAUACUUAUCUUCUUACUUUGUAUUUGAUAUGAUCCCAGUGCUUAUAUUGCUAUAUUUUGAUUUCAUCUCCACAUACACCAUAGUUUAUCUUCUCAUUUUAUUUAAGGCAGUAUCAUUCUUCCAAAUUGAAAAACAAAUCUAGGAGAGAUUGAAGCUUUACCCAUCUAAAUACAACACCUAUUUGAUUUUUAAGAUGUUCAUAGAAGUCCUAUAUUUAUAGCACUUUUGGGCUUGCAUGUAUUUUGCAGGCGGCGAAUAUAUGUACUAUAAUUAUCCUGGCACAAAGACUUGGUUAAAUGAUCCCAAAAGUCACUUUGGAUUGAUAAUAACUUUGGAUUACUCCAAAUAAUACUUAGUCUCCUAUUAUUGGGCGGUCAAUGUAAUAACAACGGUAGGUUAUGGGGAUAUCUACCCAUUAAACAAUAUGGAAUGGUUUAUCAAUGAUUUAGCUCUUAUUUCAGCCAUAAUGAUAGCAGCAAUCAACAUUACGAAUAUUGCAUUUAUUAGAGCAUCCUCCAAUCAAAAAGAGCAAAUUAAAAACAAAGUAGCUAUUAGUGAGUUUAUGAGAUAAAAUCUAAUUUCAAAAUAAACUAGAAACUUUAUUUUAAAAUAUUUGUUGAAUAGUGAAAUCUUUUAUGAUUACAGAAAUACUGAAUUAGAAUUCUAGACUUUUGGAAUGCUGCCCAAAUCUUUGAAGAGCAAAUUGAUGGAUCAAGCGUAUUCUUCGGUUUACUAAAACUUAUGGUUGAAUGUAUUUGAUACAGAAAUCAUAGCUUAAAUUGCCUAAGAAACUAAAGAAGUAAAUAAUACAUAAUCUAUAUCAUAAGGCUUUUUUUAGUGCUCAUGAGAAUAUCUUUCUAGAUAAUGUUGUUGAUAGUGAUUGUUCCUUGUAUUUUAUUGAAAAGGGUUGCAUCUAAUUAUUUUUCAAUUUACCAAUAUCGAACAAAGAGGAAACACUUAUUGCUAAAUUAAAAGCUAAAGAAUCUUUUGGACACUAUUCCUUUGUAACCGGAAUGAAGCGUCAAGGUAGUAUAUUAAAUAAUAAAAGCUUCUGCCAGAAGCUAUAAGCAUGCGCUAUUGAUCUAUUUGGAGAGAAAUAACUUUUUGAAGGCUCUGCAAAAUAAUCUUAAGUAAGUUGCUUUGUUCGAAUAAAUUAAGUAUGAGGUCCUUUUUCUUAAUAAGUUGCAACACUUUAAGAUCAAAUGCUAUACUUGCCAAUCAAGUGAACACAUGAGUAUUUCCUGUCCAUUGACGUAAAUCAAGUAAAAUAUAAUGUUGACAUUCAAACCAAAAGAGAAGAUGAAAUUCAUUUAAUAAAGAGAGUACCUAAAAAGAAAUAAAAGAGCAAUUACUUAAAGAUUCAAUUGGGAAAUCGAUAAGCAAUUUAUAAAGAACUCUAACAAGAGACCCUUCAAAGAAGUCUUCUAAUAAGUAAAUUUUAUUAUCGAUGAAUCCAACUCAAUGUGA